AUAACAAUUCAAGCCACAUAUUAUCCUUCUACAAAAGAAAAAGAAAAAGAAAAAGAAAAAAUGCCAAAUAAAAAUUAAAGAAGAAUCCCGCCAUUGAUAACUUCCAAUCUAAUUCGCGAAAACUUCGACGUUGCAUAUUCGGCUGCAGAAUUUUCCCGAAUUUUCCAAAUGGAAGUGAUUUUGGGAAGCUCCGCCGCCCCAUCUUUCACGGUCUGCUAUUCCCGCAGAAAUCCCACUGCUUACUCUUCCGAGCCCUCAUAUUUGCUAGGAAAAAAAAAUCGAUGCCUUCAGGUGCUUCUCUUGAACCAUUUUCCAGUAAAGAAGGGUGGAAGCUGGUAUUUGAAGAGUAAAGAACGAAGUACUGCAAUUUGUUUCUCAUCUCAGUCUCCUGAUCGGAGCAACAUAUACAAGAAUUUCCCCCGGUCGUUUUGGUGGCUCGAUAAGAGAUUUGUGCUGCAUUGUAGUUUUUUUGGCCUAAAGACCGAAUGCAUCCCCAGGCUCAGGAAAAUUUCCAUUAGCCUACGGAAAGAAGUGAAACAUGCAGAAAGGCUUAACAAUUUCAUUCCUUCGUUUUCUCUCCAUCUUAUAACUGGAGUGAUGCUUUUCAUGACAUUAGGUGCCACGGUCACCAAGACUCCAUCAUGGGCCCUCACUGAAGAAAAUCUUCUGUUUUUGGAAGCAUGGAGAGCAGUAGACCGUGCUUAUGUUGAUAAGACUUUCAAUGGGCAGAGUUGGUUUAGGUAUAGGGAAAACGCACUGCGCACUGAACCUAUGAACACAAGAGAAGAGACUUAUGCUGCUAUAAGGAAGAUGGUCUCUACUCUAGAUGACCCUUUUACCCGGUUCUUGGAGCCUAAAAAGUUUAAGAGUCUGCGGUCAGGAACACGAAGUACUCUUACUGGAGUUGGGUUAUCUAUAGGAUACCCUAAGAAAGAUUCAUCGGAUUCUGGACUGGUGGUUGUUUCAGCUGCUCCAGGAGGUCCAGCGUAUAAGGCUGGAGUUUUGUCUGGGGAUUUUAUCCUUGCGAUUGAUGAUGCUAGUACAGAAAGCAUGGAAAUAUAUGACGCUGCUGAGCGCUUGCAGGGACCAGAAGGAAGUAAAGUGGAGCUAGCUGUACGCCAUGGUUCUGAGACAAGGCACCUAUUGUUAAUACGAGAGAAAGUUCUAUUAAAUCCAGUGAAGUCCCGAGUAUGCAGACCUGCUGGUUUGGGAGAGGAUGGUCCUCUGGUUGGAUAUAUAAAACUUACGUCAUUCAGCCAAAAUGCUUCUGGUGCUGUGAGGAAAGCAAUUGAAACAUUGAGGGGGAACAAUGUAAAUUCCUUCAUUCUGGAUCUCCGGGAUAAUAGUGGCGGCCUGUUCCCUGAAGGAGUUGAAAUUGCUAAAAUUUGGUUGAACAAAGGUGUGAUCGUAUACAUCUGUGAUAGCAAAGGAGUUAGAGAUAUAUACGAGACAGAUGGAAGCAAUGCAGCAGCACCUUCAGAACCCCUAGUUGUGCUGGUCAACAAAGGAACUGCGAGUGCAAGUGAAAUUCUAGCUGGUGCUCUCAAGGACAACAAGCGCGCCGUCCUUGUUGGAGAACCUACAUACGGAAAAGGUAAAAUUCAGUCGGUUUUUGAGCUCUCGGAUGGUUCUGGCUUGGCUAUAACUGUUGCCCGUUACGAAACACCUUCCCACAUUGAUAUUGAUAAGGUUGGCAUAAUUCCAGACCGGCCCCUACCUGUUUCGUUUCCUAAAGACGAAGAUAGUUUCUGUGGGUGCCUUCAAGAUCCUGCGUCUGCUUGCUACUUCAACAAGGUGGAGUUAUUCUCCAGAUGAUGCUUGCAUAUAAGGUUCUUUUAGGUUAGAUUUCUUCAUUCUUUUGAGCAAUUCAUUGCAUGAGCUAUGAUUACUAGGUUAGAUUUGGUAUGUAAAUCAGCCAUGGGUAAAGAAAUUUCAUAGCUAUGAAGAUGGUUUGUAUAUUUUGCAGUCUCUGUUGCAUUCUACUCAUCAAUUUUAAGUGUUGCAUGUAUCAAAGUCCAAUUUUGAAAUGUUUACCUACUUCGAUAUUAAUUGUCAAACAUGAUAGAGAUUUAUCAA